AUGGCGGACGGCGAGAGGUCCCCGCUCCUGUCAGAUCUGGGCGACGGCGCCCUGGGCAGCGGCAACGGCGGCCUGUCGCCCGGCGCAGCGCCCUAUGGUGUGGCCAGCAAGCCGCAGGGCUUCCCGCCUUUCCCAAGCCCCACUCAGCCGUCGGUUCUGCUUGGCGAGGAUCCGCCUCCUUACUCGCCCCUCACCUCGCCUGAGAGCGGCAGCGCGCCUGUUAUAAGCUGCCGGGUUUGCCAGAGUCUCAUCUCGGUCGAGGGCAAAAUCCAUCAGCACGUGGUCAAGUGCGGUGUGUGCAACGAGGCCACGCCCAUCAAGAAUGCACCGGCGGGAAAAAAGUAUGUGCGCUGUCCCUGUAACUGCCUGCUCAUCUGCAAAGUCACAUCUCAGCGGAUCGCCUGUCCGAGGCCGUACUGUAAGAGGAUAAUCAACCUGGGUCCGGUUCAUCCCGGUCCAGCCAGUCCAGACCCCCAGCCAGCCGGUGCCCGCGUGUCCUGUGGGCACUGCAGUAACACCUUCUUGUGGACCGAGUUCACGGACCGCACGUUGGCCAGAUGCCCGCACUGCAGGAAAGUUUCCUCCAUUGGUCAGCGAUAUCCCAGGAGGCGGAGCUUGUGGUGUUUUCUGCUCUGCUUGCUGUUCUGCAUCUCGACUGCUGGUCUGAUUGCCGGCACGUGGCUGAAGGCCGAGACAUACCCCGGUAUCUACGCCUCGUGGGCUGUUCUACUGCUUCUUGUGUUGGUGACCUUGGCGCGGGCCUUCUAUUGGGCAUGCAUGCGGGUCAGCCAGCCUCUCCAGAGCUUCACAUAG